AGUGUUUUGACAGCUGUGGCUUGUUCAGGUCUUCGCUCUCUUUCCUUUUCCGUCGGUUCACGCCGUUCACUGUUGGGUUCGGUACUCUGGUUGGUUGCCCAAUGCUCAUUGAAUUUGAGGAUUGUCCAUUACGAUUACUGUAUAGUUAUUGGUUUAGUGUUAGUAGUGUUACUGGUCCGUGUUAGUACUUAGUCGUGGUAUACUGCUAUCCGUAACUAGUAACUACCUACUGUCCUACUAUGCUACUGUUAGGAUCUCGUACUCGUAUCCGCCAUACUUAGUACGCAGAUGUAUUGUUAUUUAGUAUGUGAAACGAUUUUUGUUUUUUAGCUUUCGCACUACGUCCGUUUUUAUCUUAUUUUGAAAAUAUUCUUUUUUUUAAAAAAAUCCAAUAGAGUGCUAUUUAUACAUCGCAUUACAAUGAAUCGCCCGAAUUAUAACCAGAACUACAAAUUGGUAGUUGUCGGAGGUGGUGGUGUUGGGAAGUCUGCAAUCACUAUACAAUUCAUACAGAAAUAUUUUGUGACAGACUAUGAUCCAACAAUUGAAGAUUCAUACACUAAACAAUGCGUAGUAGAUGAUAUUCCAGCAAAAUUAGAUAUUUUGGAUACUGCUGGACAAGAAGAAUUUAGUGCCAUGAGGGAACAAUAUAUGAGAUCUGGUGAAGGUUUUUUGUUAGUAUUUUCUGUGGCAGAUAAAACUAGUUUCAAUGAGAUGGAAAAAUUUCACCGACAAAUACUUCGAGUUAAAGAUAGAGAUGAAUUUCCUAUGCUUAUGGUUGGAAAUAAAGCAGAUUUAAGUAGUCAAAGGAUGGUUUCUAUACAAGAUGCACAAAAUAUGGCAAUGCAGCUAAAAAUACCUUACAUAGAAUGCAGUGCAAAAGCAGGGAUGAACAUUGAUCAAUCAUUCCAUGAACUUGUUCGCAUUGUACGGAGGUUUCAAUUAUCUGAAAGACCACCAAUCAGGUCUACACCACAGAAAAGUUCAAAAAAGUGUUCCAUACUUUAGCAGUUUAUGCUAUAUAAUGUACAAUAAGUGUUUGUUAUAUACCUGCCUGCACUAAACUAAAUUGUUGUGUUCCCAGUUAUUGUCAAUUUUAACCAUUCACAUUUAAAACCAAUAUUUUUCACAGUAUUAAAUAUUAAUAUCUAGUCGUACACCAAUUGUACAUUUGAACAAAUCUGUCGACAUGCAAUUAACAUGUAGGGUAUUACAAUUUUUUUUCUUGUUAAUACUUAACAUAGUUUUAAGCAAUCAAUAUGAUAGUCAGUUAAUUUUAACUAUAAAAUCCUAUUUUGUUAAUAAAUAAUUGUUUGAUUGUGUUUUCUUGAAGAUGGCAAAUUUA